CACACACACACACACACACACACGUUGACUUCUUCUCACCGGAGCUCCUCUUCGUCACUGUGACGCAUCAGCUGCACCUGAGAGAUCAUAAACAUGGACAGCAGCAGAAAGAAGUUGACGUUCAAGUGGCGACGAACAGCAGUCACCUCACCUGCACAUCUUGAGAGGAGAGAAGCUGGCUCAGCCACACCAUCGCGCUGGGAUAAGUCACCAAAUGAAGAUUCAAACACUUCAUCCCACAGUGAAUCUCCAGGGUCUGAGGGCUUUAGAGAUCUAAGUCUGGACACCCCCAAGAGAAAAGCAGAGUUGCUUGAUAAAAGUGUUUCCUCUUUGGGAAAAGAUAAACUGAGGAAGCUGUCCAGAAGAAAUUAUGAGACAUUCACAACUUCAAAGGAAAAACCUAUGGACAACUCACCCAAGCACCUGAAAUCCACAGACGACCAGCAGGUGUCCCCACCUCCAUCACACUCAUUUAUCCUCAAGAAGAGAGAGAGGACAUCUGAAGAGGGAUCGAAGGCCAUCUACAGGAUGGCAAUGUUAGCUGCUCUUGACGGCACAAAUGCAAGACCUGGCAGCCCUUCUAACGUCCCGAAGACUGAAGCUUACUGCCUGUCUUUGCCACAUGUUCCUUCACCAGUGAAGACUGAAGUGCAGAGUCCGGCAUCACUUGACAGAACUGUCGUUGAUAUUAACUCCGCAAAAUCUGAAGACAUCAGUACUCUCCAAGAAGAUCAGUGGUCCCCCCCUCAGAUGUGUGAGGACACAGAACCCCCAGGUUACACCUCUGAUCGGAAAACCGAUGAACGGCGUGUUGUGCUGGAAGGAGAGGAUUCACCUGGGAGGUCUGUUGCUCAGGACUCUGUGUUUGUCAAGAUGACCUCUCAAGAUACAGAAAAUGAGCCAGAAGACGAUUGUGAGUCGUCCCUUCCUACUCUGGAGUAUAUCCCAGAUUCUUCGGGUUGUUUCAUGACUCAUCAGGAGGGCUCUUCUGAACACCAGAGUCCACCAGCAUAUCUUCAGGGAUCUACUGCGUCCCCUUUCUCCUUAAUGUCCACUCAUGAAACCAGUGAAGCUACUGAGGACAUGGAGACUUUCUCAUUGCCACAGAGGACAGUUUUUAUCUCCUCUAAGCAGCUGCAACCACCAAACACUGGCCCUUCAAAGGCGCCCAGAGUUGUGACUGAGACUUUCCGCUCCUGCAGCAUGAAUGAACCCUUUGCUUACUCAAGAUCAACUACACGCAGGCAGUCAGACACUGGCUCUAACAUUCAUUACCCCCCCUACUCUUUUACUCAUGGUGGCACUCCCAAGAGAAGAUUUUCCCUGGGGGCAGAAUCUGCGUGCACCAGUUCCCCCAACCUGGACAGUCAGGUUGGUUUCAUAGACACACACUGCCAUAUAGACAUGCUCUACGGAAAACUUGGCUUCCGCGGAGCGUUCAGCUGUUUUCGAAGGCUGUACCAGAGCAGCUUCCCUUCAGAGUACAGAGGCUGUAUUGCCGACUUCUGCAACCCUCGGAUCAUGGUGAAAGAGGCCCUGUGGGAGGGUUUGCUGAAUGAAGACAUGGUAUGGGGGGCCUUUGGGUGCCACCCACACUUUGCCAAGGAAUACUCAAAUGUCCAUGAACGCAACAUACUGAUGGCUAUGCGACAUCCAAAAGCUGUGGCAUUUGGUGAGAUGGGGCUGGACUACUCGCACAAAAACUCAACUAAUACCUCCAAGCAAAAAGAGGUGUUUGAGCGUCAGCUGCGUUUGGCCGUGGCCAUGAAGAAGCCGCUGGUGAUCCACUGCAGAGACGCCGAUGACGAUCUACUGGUCAUCAUGAAGAAGUGUGUUCCUCGAGAAUAUAGAAUUCACAGACACUGCUUCACAAACAGUUAUCCAGUGAUCGAGCCCUUCCUGACAGAGUUCCCCAACUUAUACGUGGGCUUCACAGCCUUGAUCACGUACUCCCGUGCCACCGCGGCCCGAGAUGCUGCCCGCCAGAUCCCUCUGGACCGCAUUGUGUUGGAAACAGAUGCGCCUUACUUCCUGCCAAGACAGGUAAGUAAAGAUGUCUGUCGGUUUUCACAUCCUGGAAUGGGGAUCCACACUCUGCAGGAGCUGAGCCUGUUGAAGGGAGAAGACGUGGCCACCGUUCUCUCCACAGUCCGAAACAACACCACUCAACUGUACGGAAUCUGAUCGUCAGAGACGAUGGACCAGAUAGAAAUCAGCCACUCUGCAGCUGGUUUGUGACACAUAAACAUUUUUUAUGUGGCUUUUUAUUUAAGAUUUAUAAAUCCUCUGUAUAAAGAGGUGUUGGUGUGUGGAGUCUUAAAAAAUUAUAUUUCACAAAAUCAAAUGCAAAAAAUGACUGAACAUGUCUGACAGAGACAUUGUACAUCGAUUUAAUUAAUUAAAUAAUGUACAUUAUUGUUUGUCUGGUUAUAUUUUGUGGUUGCUCAUUAGAGAAAUUAAUAAGUUCUAGUUUUAAUUUGUGUUCUUGGUGUGUUAAUCUGCCUUGUUGAAAUGUAACUAUGUUUGACUUGUGAUCUGCUCUCUGUGUGGUCUGGUUUGUUGCAGUACAGAUACAUUAAAGGCCUUUAAUCCUUAAUUCUUUCAUUGCAU